AUGACUCGUUUCUUCUGCUGUGAAAACUACUACCCGGGCUAUCCUUGCUAUGGAACCACUUUCCACAGGACCUACAGAGCUAUGCCCCUGAACUGUGUCGUGCCCCUGGGUUCUCCCCUGAACUACGGUAAUGGAUGCAAUGGCUACAGCUCCCUGGGCUAUAGCUUUGGUGGCAGCAACAUUAGCAGCCUGGGCUGUUGCUAUGGUGGCAGCUUUUACAGGCCAUGGGGCUCUGGCUCUGGCUUUGGCUACAGCACCUACUGA